CACCUUACAAUGGCCAAAAUUAACAGGUAGUGUGAACUCAGCUUCUCGGAAAAUCGUCGAUUUUGCUGCAAUUUUUCGAAGAUGGUGAAAGUUGGGACGUUCUUCGCUAUGUCAUUCGGAGCAUUCCUUUUCUGGGAAACAAUGGACAAGGUCCAUGUCUGGAUCGCUCUUCACCAGGAUGAGAAGAAAGAGAGAAUGGAGAAUGAAGCUGAGAUAAGGAGAAUGAAAGCAGAGCUAUAUAAGCAACAGAGAGAGAAGGAUGCUAGCGUCUAAUCUUGCGAUCAUGGUCUAUCUUUUUGUUGUCAUUUUUAAAUUCUGGCAAUAAUGCUCGACUGUAUUCAGAUAAAGUGUGGAUCUUGUACCAUACAUGCUGAUUUGACGAUUCACUAUGAAUAUUGAUUGGCUUUACAGUUUUUGUGCUUCCAA